CGGAGAACGCGGUGGUACUCUGCCGACAGUGAGACAGUCGCCGUUGGCCGUGCUACUGGCUACGAGUCAGGCCACCGCCGCGUGUACAAAAUCGUCGCAGUGGUGGAGAGGCGAGCUGGUGCGGUGGCCACGGUGUUUUACGGACGGCUCCACGCGAUAUAAGGCGCUUGUCAGAGGCAUCGUGGGCGAGAGGGCGUGCAGGAGGGCGGGAGGGGGGGAGGACAGGCGACGGGGAAGGAUGUCGAUGCGCCGCCGGUGGUCGGUUUCGGGGGUUGACUCGCGCCGCGGGGGCGAUGAGCGCACUUCCCUCCGCCCUGAGACUGACCUGCUGCCGUUCCUGGCUCCUGCUGAUCUGCCUCGUCUUCCUGGUGUCCGGCUGCAGCUGCGACACGCGCCCGGAUCGCCUGACCCGCGAACUACUGGCAGGUGAUGACGUGCGCGGCUCCAGCUACGACGACGACGACGCCGACGACGACGUCUAUGACGACCGGGACUACCUCGAGGAGAACAUCACUGCGGCAAAGGGGCAGUACCUGGGCUCGCCGUGCGAUGUCUCGUGCAAUCCGGAACUGCAGCACGUGUUCUGCGACACGGUCACUGGUUUCUGCGUGUGCGAGAAGUUCUAUCCAGUUCGUCUUGGGCCUAGCAAAGGAUGUGCCAAACCUAAAAGACUCGGGGAGCAAUGUUUCUAUCGCGCGACUUGCACUUUUGCGGAUCAGCACUCGACCUGCAUCCAGGUGCAACACAAUGCCGUGUGCGACUGCGAGGAAGGCUACCAUAGGGUCGCCCUGUCCAGGCCAAGCAAGAAGGUGUUCUGCGCCGAAGAUCUGGGGCUGAUAACGACGAAUAUUCCGACCCUGCUCUGCAUAGCAUCGGGAAUAGCGGUAUUCACGGCGAUGAUAUGCUUCGUGCUCAAGUUAUUCAGUCGUGCGAGAUACUCAAGGCCACGGCACUAUGCCAACGCCAAUCACGCACCGCCCAUGUUGUUCUCCAGCAACACGGGUAUCCCACUGACGCUUCACGGUGGACGACCGUCAUCGCGUUCCAGUCAGAGGAGCAGCACCGGAGGACCGUUGAGCUACGCGUUCUCCAGGAGGCCUAGCAGCGGUGGUAGCCGUGGUCCACUGGUAUCAUCGUCGAGAGCAGGUGCGGCACGUGCCGCCGCCAUCUUGCUUAUAUCGCGUAACCUGCAGACGACCAAUGGCGGGAACAAGCAUCGACGUACCCUUAGCGACGUUGCUGAGGGAUCGUCCGACGGCCUCGGUUCUCGUCGCCCUAGCUUAACGUCGGUUCACAGCUCGACGUCGUCGGGCAGGAGUUACAGCGUCAGACGACUGGAGAAGGAGAGGAACGAGAAGGAACAACGACAGGCCUUACAGGAGCUAAGAUUGGCUAAGCAACGGGAGCAACAGCAACAGCAGCAGCAGCAACAGCCUACGCCUAGUCCCAGAACUCCUCACUCUAUGGACGAGCUGUUGCCUUCCGUGGAAGAAGGGAAGGAGGUCUUUUAUAACGAGCAGGUGCCGACGACAUCGGACAUAACCGAAGAGACGCCAAUGAAAACGACGGCCAUAACGACAACCAACGUGAACGCGACCAGAUUCGGCGAAAUGGCGCCCGUCACCACCUCGACAACGUCCAUCUUUGAAACGAACAUCGCACCGCGUGCGACCGGUGACAUUUUUCAAGUGUAAUUAAGGACUAAAUACCGACAAACUAUAACACACGUGACUCGAAUCGAAUGAUAUAUAAAUCAGUGAAGAGACGAGAAACACGAUACACGCAGCGGUACAGUUCCGAAUCGCAUAGAACAAAAAGAAUGUCUCGGGUUUGGAGAAAUACGAGAAAUUAUCGACGAGGCGAGCGAUUGGAAAGAUGUCCACGUGUGAAAUGCUCUGUCACGGACACGGUGCUUGAACGAAAGAUAAGGAAACUGUAGAUAUAAAGGGUACAAAGAGGGGCGGCAGAGUUGUUAAAGUUGAAGUUUUGCUUGAGCCACGCGCGAAGGCCUAGAAUUUAUUCUAAAAUGAUAUGUUUUUAUUACCUAGGUAUGAUAUGGUACCUAGACGUUGAGCCAGCUUUCAGUAUAAAAAGAGAAAAAAAAAUGAAGAGUUCGGACCAGUUAAGAUUGUUCGGCUCUAAUAUACGUAACAUUCAGGAGUAUGCCUGACACCUGGACGCAGGUGCAGGUGUACGAAGCUGUACCUGAAUAUAGGGGUGGUACGUGUUGUAUAUUUAAGGCUUCAGAGGUUUCGCGGGAAUUCUGGUCCAGCAGCGAAAAGUUCCUCGUCCGUAAUGGUUGCAAAAUUCAGAUGACAUCCCCGAAAUGAUCAAGUGCGUUACGAAUUACGAGCUAACGCGAUUUCCAACAAUGACAAGCCAUUGUUUCGAUCGAACGCCAAUUUUUCAAGCUUUUCCUUCAUUUCUUUCCUUUUCGUGUGGAAAAUUACGCGGGGGGAAGAGGGGUACGAGGCUUCGUUGACCACCCUGAUUCGUUUGGAAUUUUGGUCACUUUACGGACAAGGAAGAGAAUGGGGUUAGCAUUCGAGAUGAUUUUUUACGGCUUAAAUUUUUUAAGCAUUUACGAAUCAUUGGUUCGACGAUAGAAUUUUUUACAAAGUCUCGACCGAAUGAUCGAGAGUAAAAGCGAUUGAUCGAACACGGAAUCAUGCCUCGAGCUAACACCUCGAUGCUCGGUACCACGAUACUCCAUUACGAUUUACUUACAUAUCAAUCAUUCUUUUCGAGGUACGAAUAAUAUUAGGUUAUAAACGAGGUUUUUGCCGAUUUAGUAAGCGCAGUGUUAAACUUUACGGUUCUUAUUCCUCUCUUAUUUAUUCUAUAUUUACCGAUAACUCCUUAUUAUCGAUUUAAUCACAUAUCAACGAUGGAACAAAAUCAUUCGAACUUGAUCGUUCGGGAUACCGGACACGGGAAACCAGAGGUUGAGAAAACGAUUAUCCAAUUGUUUCCAUAAAUUAUCCGCUUGUAUGUACAACGCAAAUCCGCGUAGCAGUAUUCGAUAGCCAAAAAGGAAGAAGCGAAACGGGGGGCAGGCUGCGUUUUACGUGGAAAUCGAUGCAGAGCUUAGAAUGUAAAUUCAAAAUAAUCGCGAAGAGGAAUGGACGAAGGUAUAUACAUGCGUGUUUCGUUUUACGUGAAGAUAUCGAUGCGUUCGAUUGUUUUCUUUUGGAAUUUGCUGCGAUAAAAAAGCAAUUGGCAGGGCAUUCUCGAGUGGGUCGAGGCUAAACAUACCUCUAAUCUUAGAUAAAUUACUCUGUGAGAACCAAACGGGAAAACGUGGAAAAGUAUUAUCAGGCUGGUGCUUGGACGAAACGACGAUGUGGCGCCAGCAAGAAUCGUGCAAGAAACGCUGAGAGAAAAGAGAGAAAAAAAAAAAGAGAGAGAAAAGAAAAAAUUACAAAAUCAACUGUGCUACGACUUAUUGCGAUCUCGUUAUUUCGCUUUUCUGCGACCGAAACUGCGAGCGGUUUCCUCCCUUUUCUGUCGCUUUUCAUCGUGAACAUAAACCUGUAUCACAAUCGACCAAAAUCUAUUCGGAAUACAAGUAGCGAGUACAAGAUAAAAGAAUUCGUUUGCUCGCGUUUCUCCUCGGAUUUACAGAGGCACGGAAUUAUUUACGUUGAAUCGAGCAACUCGUUCGAGGCACAUCGUGCAAAUUAGAUAAUUAAAUAUUUCUCGCUUCCGUUGAAUGAUCUAUGAUGGCGCUGCUAUUUUAUGAUACACGAUCACGAAACCUUGUGAAAGAAUAAUACGGUUGGGAAACGACGAAUGAAACGACCGGUUGGACGUGCGUUUAUUUCUCCCGUUUUUUCGUUUCUAUGUUUCCGAACUGGUUGCCACUGAGUUUCCUUUACCGUUUCUUAAAUGCCAAUGUGAACCGUCUCGUUGCAUCGGUGCAUACGAUUUUCCCGAGUCGCUCGGCUCGCCAAUGUAAAUUGUAGAGAUAAAAAAAAAUCGUUAAAAGCAAAUUAUAUAUAUUCUAUAUAUACAUAUUCUAUAUAUACUUGUAUAUACGUAAGAAAGCGAACAUGCACGAGGGGCUGUGUUGCAUUUCACCGAAAUGGCAACUGACGGUGAGAAAAAAUGUGAUCGCGAGAGAGAGGGAGCGAGAGAGAGAGCGAGAGAGAGAGAGAGAGAGAGAGAGAGAGAGCGAGAGAGUGAAAGAGAGACACGUCCCUAUCUACACAGAGCGAAAGAGCAAGUAAUUAACUAAAAAGAGAAAAAAAGAGAAAAAGAAAAACCGUGUAUCAACAUCUCGUGUUCGAAUAAUUACGCUGCCUUUCCCGAUCAAAUAAUAACUAAAUAAAUCUAAAAGAAGCAAAAAAAAAAAAACAGUAAAAAAAAAGAAUACAAAGAAAGAACAAAAAAGAUGUAGGAACGAGAGUCUUAAGAGCGUUCUUGCGACUACCGCGAUUCUUACGUUGUAAGUCCUUGCGCGAACGGAGCAACUCAUUAUCUCACACACAUAUGUACACUUAAGCACACAUAGACACACACGGAACACGAAUGAAACACACGGACAUACACGGGGACACGUAUACGCAUCGACACGUGCUAGGAGACAUAAGUCACGUGAUAGACACGCAUAGACACACACGGAUACACGUAUAGGACAGAUACAGGGGGACAUGUGUAACAUGCACGGACACAUACAAACGCACACGCGCACACAGACGCAGAAAAAAGAUUAUAAAAAAGAAAAAAAAGAAAAAAAAUUAAAAAUGGAACAUAAAACACGCACGUUUUGGCGACGAUUGCACGCCCAAAUUAUCGAAUCGAUCAUAGAACGGAUUUAAUUCGAACGAAUUACACCGUCACAACCCUAUUACCAUUAUUAUUACCAUGAUUAUUAUGAUUAUUAUUAUUACGAGAUGAUUCGACUCGAC